AUGUGCCCACGCCGCACGGCCGCCGUGUUGCCCCGACGGCAUCGUCGUCUGCGCGCUUUCUUCUUCGGCUUCGACCGCCUCGGCGUCCGCGUCCGGCGUUGCUUUCGUGUCGCCGUGGAUCGAGCCCGGACCAUGUCAUAUCCAUCCAUAGGCCGUCGGGGCCAUACCCGACGCGGAGUUCGAAAGCACUCCUCCAUCCCGCCACCGUCAAGAAGCUCUUCAACCUCGGAGGAGCUCCUCACCAAGCGCGACGCUGGGCGGCACCUUUUCGAUCGCUUCCUCACGCGCAAGAAGAAGUCACGUGCCCUGGCUUGGAGCUGGACCGGCCGGCUGGACCUGGUCGGCACGUCACCUACCCCCGCCUUCGGCCCGCCCCUCUCCCGCUGCCCGCUGCCGCCCGCCCCGCCCCGUCGCGUCCGUUCCUUCCUCCCUUCCUUCCCGGUCUCCCCGACUUCCGUGUCGGUCUCGGGCGCGCGCGACGUAGCGCCCGCAUCCGACGGCCCUGCGGCGCCCGGCAGCGGCGCAUCGACGGCUCGCACCGGCGAUGCGACCAUGAUCCGUCAGUCAGCAGGAGACGGGCAGACGGCACGGCAUCUCACUGGUGAAUGUGUGUUCGCCCGGGAGGUGUGGUUCAGGGUGUUGGCUCCCAUCGGCCUCGCCAACCUUGCGCCAUCGCCUGGGGUCGCCUUCCUCGACUGGUCGCUGCUGCACCGAAUGCAGCUCGUAACGGCGAAGUGCAAAGGCUUCGACUCCCUCAUCAUCCUUGGAGCUUGGUGUCUUUGGAAGGAACGUAACCAGAGGGUUUUCCAUGGGGCUGGCCGCUCGCCCAUCGAUGUUGCUACCAUGAUUGAGGAGGAGGUGGAUCGUUGGUCUCAGGCGGGGUACGGCCACCUAGCCAUGCUGUGGGCGUCCAGGGACUUUGGUUGA